UCUCGACAUCCGCGGUUAGGAUGAAAGGCUCUUCUCCUGCUCUUCACGACCUAACGACGCGCACUCGCCCCCCGACUCUGAGAUGUCUGGCGGCGGCAAUGCGAACGAGUACGACCUCCCCCUCCGCUCCUCCAUAGAUUCAGAGGCCAGCGAGACGGAUCUUCUCAUUCACUACCCCGACUCUCCUUCGACUCCAACAACGACUACGACUCCGGAUAACGAAAUUCAUGCCACCCGAUGGCUCUUCUUCUCUUUCCUUUCGCCCGCUCAACGACUGGCGCUCCUUCUGCCCGCAAUCGCACUUUCUAUCCUCGCAGGCGGUGUGGCGCCGCUCAUGACGGUAGUAGUCGGGCGGGCGUUCGAUGCCUUCUCAAAGUUCUCCGCCACUAGUGGCUCUUCCCAGUCCAACACGAUCGCCGACGCAUUCGAUACUCACGCGAAUGCCACCACUCCCGUCGCGACACCUCCCGAUGUGCUAGUGCACCACAUGUCGCUGGUCGCGCUGCAACUUCUUGCUCUCGGUUUCGGCUCGUUUGCGAUGAGUAGUCUGACCAGCUUUCUGUGGAUCACGACCGGGGAGCAUACAGUGCUUGCUGUGCGGAAGCGCGUCUACGCGUCUAUAGCCAGCAAGAGCAUGGUGUGGUUUGACACGCGGUGCUCAGAGGAGAACGGGCAGAGUAAAGGGGCAGAUUCUGAUGGACCUGUUGGUGCCGGUGGGCUCAUGGCUCAGUUCUCAAAAGAGACUGAUGAAGUGCGCGAAUCGUCCCUUGCCAUUGGCCGGAUGAUCGAAUACGCCACCACUUGUUCUAUCUGCCUCAUCCUUGCUUUGCUGCGCUCAGUAUCGCUGACGCUCGUGGUUCUGUCUGCCGUCCCAGCGUUGGUGAUCAUUCAGGCCGUCUCACAGCGGUUCUCCGCCCCGCUCCUGGCGAUAGAACGCCAGCAGACAGCUGUCGCUGCGACGUUAGUCGACCGCGCUAUUUCCCCGACUGGGAUUCACACGGUCAAAGCAUUCGACGCGGCAGCACACGAACAGAAGGCAUUGGCCUCUGUAAUGCUCCGGAUUGAAAAAGCCGUGCUGAAGCUGGUCGCGCUCUGGGGGUUGACCUCCGGCCUUGCGCAGUUUGUCAUGAUGGCGAUGUUUGUGCAGGGAUUCUGGUUUGGCGCCCGGGCGGUGCGAGCCGGAAGACUGGGUGCGGGGGAUGUCAUGGUCGUCUUCUGGGCCUGCCUGAUGGCGACGACGAAUCUUCAACUUUGCAUUCCGCAGCUGAUCGUUCUCUCCAAAGGACGUUUCGCGUUCCAGUCGUUGCUCAAACUGCUCGAUCCUUCUCAGUCAACUGCCGCACACUGUUUUGUGGGUGAUGUGAUGUGUGUGGCGGAUAUCACAAUGCGGGAUAUCUCAUUUUCGUAUCCAUCCCGUCCGAGUAUCCCCGUGCUCCGCGGUGCAACGAUGGUGUUCCCUGCGCACAAGACUACGUUUGUCGUCGGACCCUCCGGUUCUGGAAAAUCGACCAUAUCGCAUCUGCUUGCGGGGCUGUAUGUACCAAAUGAAGGCCUCAUCUCUGUUGACGACGUGUCCGUUGAUCUGCGCGCAUUGGACAUCGCGGCUGUCGGUCAGGGCGCAGCCUGUGCUCUUUUUGACAUGAGCGUACACGACAAUGUUGCGCUUGGGCGGGAGACGGGGCUUUCUACCCGCUCAGAGGUGGAGGAUGUCUGCCGGCAGGUUCUGAUGCACGACUUUAUCAGUGACUUGCCACGUGGAUAUGAUACCGUUCUGGGCAGUCAUGGGGCCUCUCUGAGUGGGGGGCAGAAGCAACGGCUGGCCAUCGCUCGUGCUAUGCUGCGGGAUCCGGAUGUACUUGUUUUGGAUGAAGCGACCUCCGCUCUGGACCCCAAGUCACGCGUGCUUGUCUUUGACGCUGUGCGCCAAUGGAGGCACGGCAGGACGACUAUCGUCAUUACACAUGAUUUGGCGCAGAUCGAAAAAGACGAUUACGUCCCUCCCCUUGUACCUCACUCCGGCCCCUCGGCGUUGACGAGAGCGACCCGUGUUGCUGAGCUUUCGAUGAACGUCGCUGCUUUUGGCUGGCGACGGACUCCGAGUCCGUAUAAACCACUAUCUGCGCCCUCGACUGUGGUUGCGCGUACGCGUAAUGUGCACACGCCUGCUAGCAAGUACGAGUCCUAUCUGCCCAUCGACACAACGACUCCCACCUACGAUGCCCCGAAUCAGUCGCUCUCGGGUCUCUUGCUCGAGCUUUACCCAACUGUUCCCAACAAGCCAGUCUUGUUUGCCGGGUUAUUUGCAUGCUUGGUCAGCGGGGCGAUGACACCCAUCUUCUCGUUUCUCCUCGCCCGGCUAUUGUUUGCUGUCGCAACUGGAUCCAGCGAGACCAUGUCUCUAGACACUUACGGGCUUCUGGUCCUCUGCGCAGCCUUGUGCGACGGCUUGUUCCUCGGGCUCAAGUACUUUCUGAUGCAGAUCACUGCUGCGCGGUGGAUCAGCUACAUCCGGAAUCUCGCGUUUGGUCGUGUUCUGAAGCAGGACAUGCGCUGGUUUGACAGGCAGGACUCAGCGUCUAUUGGCCGGGUGCUGAUCAAAGAUGCUGACGACGCUCGCGAUCUGCUUUCGUCGGUCCUGGGCCAGGUGUUGGUCGUCAGUGCCAUGUUCGGAAUCGGGAUGACCUGGGCUGCGGUCGCAGGCUGGCAGCUUGCCUUGGCCGGCUUUGUGGUGGUGCCUGUUUUCGGAGUUGCGAUGGCCAGCAUGGCCAGCAUGGUGGCACGUGCCCAGCUGCGAAAUAAGCGUGCAGGCGAAGAGGUCGCAAAACGGUACUACGAGAUGAUUUCCAGCAUCCGCGGUAUUCGUGCCAUGCGUCUGGAAUCCGUUUUCCGUGCCGAGUUUGAGAAGGCUGCUAAUCGGGUGCUCUCUGUGUCCCGGUGGGGCGCGUUCUUCGAGGGAUGCACGACUGGUCUUGCUUUCGGCUUAGUCUACCUUGCCGAAGCGGUGCUAUUCUACUUUGGAGCCAUUCUGGUGGCCAACGGGACGUAUUCGUAUCUUCAAAUGACGCAAGUCCUCAAUCUCGUCGUGUUCACGGUCUCUAUCGGAUCCCAGCUCAUGGCAUUCACCCAACGCAUCUCGAAAUCGGUUCAGGCUGCUCGUGACCUGACUGAUCUGCUGCACCUGGCCUCUCGGACGGAGGAGUCGCAAGGCUUUCUUCGACCCGAACUCGACGGCACUCUCACCUUCCAGGAUGUUGCAUUUUCUUACCCGGCUCGCUCAGAAGUACCAGUGCUCCAGAACGUCAACAUGGAGAUUAAAGCUGGUGAAUGUGUUGCGAUCGUUGGCCCUUCUGGGUCUGGCAAGUCUACGAUCGCUGCAUUACUCCAACGCUUGUACGAGCCGUCUUUUGGUGCGGUGUCGGUUGGGAAGACCCCCCUCCGGUCAUUCAGCAUCGAUCAUCUCCGUCGGCAGAUUUCAGUCGUGAGCCAGCAGCCGACGCUUUUCGAUGCGUCAAUCGCAGAGAAUAUCCGAUACGGCAACGAGGAUCUCCCGGAUGAGGAGGUCAUCCGAGCUGCGCAAGCGGCGAACAUUCACGAUUUCAUCAUGGGUCUACCGCAGGGAUACGAUACCGCUCUCGGCGAAAACGCGACACUCAUAUCGGGUGGACAAGCUCAGAGGUUGCAAAUCGCGCGUGCCCUGGCCCGCCCGUCCAAGAUUCUGAUCCUGGACGAGUGCACCUCCGCACUGGACGACGCCACUCAGGCGGCUAUUAUGGACACGAUCCAGGCUGCCAAAACCGGCCGCACCACGGUCAUGAUCACACACAAGGUCCCGGUUAUGCGCAUGUGCGACCGCGUUCUCGUCGUUCAGAAGGGGAGGAUCGUGGAGGACGGCGCCUUCGAUGACUUGAUCGCUCGGAGAGGUGUCUUCGAUGCCUUACUCAAGGGCCUUUGAGUCGAUGAUCUUGAUGAUAGUGAUGAUAUGAACAUUUGUAGCGCUACCUCCUUGUACUUACUCUCUGCCUCGCUUUCCGCUCUCCUAGUUUGUCGUAUUGUUAUCUUAUCUGAUCGAAAUACGCUAUCAUGAGAUAGCACUUUCGCCGCUCCUGGAGUCGUGUAAAUCUCCGCUUAUGUACCGA